AUGGGAAUCACUGAUAAACUUUGUCAAGCAUUGCAACAAAAAUCUCAAGACAUUUUGAAUGCUAUGCAUCUGGUUUCUAGUACAAAGUCAUUGAUUCAACAGUUAAGAGAUAGUAGUUGGGGAGCACUUUUGGAGAAAGUUAGUUCUUUCUGCAAUGAUCAUGCUAUUCAGAUACCUGAUAUGGGUGCUUCUUUUAGUGACAUAAUUCGGUCUCGUCGUAAAAAGGAUGUUGUCACUGUUGAACACCACUAUCGUGUUGACAUUUUUACUAGCGUGAUAGAUUUUCAAUUGAAAGAGCUAAAUAGUAGAUUUAGUGAGCAAGCAACCGAGCUCCUCAUACUGAGUACAUCUCUAGAUCCUAAAGAUGCUUUCAAGUUAUUCAGUGUUUGCAACAUAUGCAAUCUUGUAAAGAAUUUCUAUUCUUUAGAUUUUUCUGAGCAAGAAAAGAUUCAAUUGGAUUAUGAGUUACAACAUUAUGAACUUGAUGUGGUUAAAGCUCCAGAUUUUCAGAAUUUGUCUACUCUUGCUGAAUUGGGUGGCAAAGCGGGCCGGCCCAUCCCAACCCGCCCUGCCCCGCCUAGGCUCGCCUUAUAA